UGUACUCUCUCUUUCCUUCCAAGUUCCAAUAGCUAAGAAACAUAAUGGCUUCCAAACUUCCAUUACUAUUAGUUUUUGUGAUGUUAUUUGCUCUAACUUCAGCAAAUCCAAGCAAGUUCAGAAAACCAUACACACCAUGCAAAAACCUAGUCCUUUAUUUUCAUGACAUACUCUACAAUGGAAAUAAUGCAGCAAAUGCAACAUCAGCAAUAGUAGCAGCUCCACAAGGUGCUAACUUAACAAAACUAGCACCUCAAUUCAACUUUGGUAACAUAGUUGUUUUUGAUGACCCUAUCACUUUUGAUAACAACCUUCAUUCAACACCAAUUGGAAGAGCACAAGGGUUUUACAUUUAUGAUACCAAAAACACAUACACUUCUUGGCUUAGUUUCACAUUUGCUCUUAAUAGCACCUAUCAUGAAGGAACCAUUACUUUUGCUGGAGCUGAUCCAAUUCUGAAGAAAACUAGAGAUAUUUCAGUGACUGGUGGGACUGGAGAUUUCUUUAUGCAUAGGGGAAUUGCUACUAUUAUGACUGAUGCUUUUGAAGGUGAGGUUUAUUUUCGACUUCGUGUUGAUAUUAAGUUCUUUGAGUGUUGGUAAUUAUAAAAUUUAAGUGAUUAUUGCUAAAAAAUAGAAGCAAAUAAAUUUGAAGUUAAGUUGUUGUAUCUUUUCAGUUUAACUUAAAUGUAAGUCGUUUUAUGUGUGUUUUUUUUACACACGAUUUAUGGGUGUGUUUUUUUUUUUUUGAACAAUUUUAUGUGUGUUUUUUAUUAGUCCAUAAAGUGUGUGUGACUUUUGUACUUCUUUAAUUAUGAUCAAUAAAUA